AUUUCCGGUAUGCGGAGGCUGGAAUUUCAGGUUUCUCGCUUAUGGGUUUUUCGGGGUAGCGGUGACGCGCGUCGCCCUGAUCACCGAAUCAUUUCCAUCUUUUCGUCUUCAUGCAUUUGAUUGUGUUUAGUCUUAGAUAAGUAUGACUGAGAGCGCGGGGAAUAAAAAUGAGGAUUGUCACGCAGCGAAUGGUGUGAAACCAGGAAGAAAUGGCAUGGUGAAGAACCAUCAUCAUCACCAUCAUCAGUAUCAAAAGCAGGACAAGGUUUACCAUGCUGCAUGCAAUGGAGAACUUUACAGCAGGCCGUUCAUCGAGUCCUUUGAGGAAACUCCCAUGCUGGUUGCCGUGCUCACGUACAUGGGCUACGGCAUCCUCACGAUCUUUGGAUAUCUGCGGGAUUUCAUGAGGGAGUGGAAAAUAGAAAAAUGCCACAUAGCCAGAGAAAGAGAGGAGCAGAAGGACUUUGUUUCACUUUAUCAAGACUUUGAGAAUUUCUACACAAGGAAUUUAUACAUGAGGAUUCGGGACAGCUGGAACAGGCCCAUUUGCAGUGUUCCUGGGGCCACGUUUGACCUUGUAGAGCGCAGUUCCAAUGAUUACAACUGGACCUUUGAGUACACUGGGCGAGUGGUGAAGGAUGUGAUAAACCUUGGCUCGUAUAAUUAUCUGGGCUUUGCAGAGAACACAGGCGCCUGUGCCACAGCUGCUGGAGAGGUGACGGUGAAAUUUGGGGUGGGCGUGGCCAGCACUAGACAGGAAAUGGGCAACCUCGACAAGCAUGAAGAGUUGGAGAAACUGGCGGCGUCAUUCCUGGGAGUGGAGUCGGCUAUGGCUUUCGGCAUGGGGUUUGCAACCAACUCCAUGAACAUUCCUGCGUUAGCUGGCAAGGGAUGUCUGAUUCUCAGUGACGAGUUGAACCAUGCCUCUCUGGUACUGGGAGCCCGGCUGUCCGGCUCCACCAUCCGGGUCUUUAAACACAAUAAUAUGCAGAGCCUUGAGAAGUUGCUCAGAGACGCUAUUGCUCAUGGUCAGCCUAGAACACAUCGACCCUGGAAGAAAAUCCUCAUUCUUGUGGAGGGCAUCUACAGUAUGGAGGGCUCCAUUAUACGGCUGCCAGAAGUUAUAGCCCUGAAAAAGAAGUACAAGGCCUAUCUUUAUCUGGAUGAGGCUCACAGUAUCGGGGCAUUAGGACCCAACGGUCGAGGGGUGGUGGAGUAUUUUGGAUUGGACCCCAAAGAUGUAGAUGUCAUGAUGGGCACCUUCACAAAGAGCUUCGGUGCUGCUGGUGGAUACAUAGGAGGGAGGAAGGAUUUAAUAGACUACCUACGAACUCACUCUCACAGUGCAAUUUAUGCCACCUCUAUGUCGCUUCCUGUCGUGGAGCAAAUCAUCACUUCUAUGAAGUGCAUUAUGGGGAAGGAUGGAACAACAAUAGGCCGUUCACGUAUCCAGCGGUUGGCUGAAAACACAGUCUAUUUCCGUAGGAGACUGCGGGAGAUGGGAUUCAUCAUCUAUGGCAACAAUGACUCACCUGUGGUACCCAUGAUGCUCUACAUGCCUGCCAAAAUCGGGGCAUUUGGACGGGAGAUGUUGAAGAGAAACAUUGGAGUAGUGGUGGUGGGCUUCCCAGCCACGCCGAUCAUAGAGUCCAGAGCCCGCUUCUGUAUCUCUGCGGCCCACACCAAGGAAAUGCUGGACAGGGCGCUGGAUGUGAUCAGUGAAGUAGGCGAUCUUCUGCAGUUGAAGUAUUCGCGGCACAAAGUUCUUCCCUCAUUGGACCGGCCCUUUGACGAGACCACAUAUGAGGAGAACGAAGAGUGACAUACUUCCUAUCCGAACCAAAUGUGCACUGCUCAUCUUCUGCUCUCCAAAAGGAAGCAGCGAACCACUUAAUAAAUAUAACUUUUUUUUAAACUUAGGUAUAUCAUCUUUAUUUUAACACAUGAAGCUCUGAACAACAACAAAACACUGAUGCUUUUAGAAAAAAAAAGCUUUUUGUCUGUCCCCAGUUUCCUCUACUGCAUUUGUCACCUCAGUUUUGUUUUGACGUGAGGUUUAGGGUCUGUUUUUAACUCGUUGUGGCAUUCGUUUAGGGAAAUUAAUACUUUGAUUUUUCUCUGCCAGCCACAGGACGCUUUGAGCCGCUUGUGUACUUGCUAAAGCCAUAUGUCACUGCAGCCUUCAAAACCGUUUUUGUGUACAAAAACCUUUGAGACAUUUUUUUUUUUUUUUCUGUAGUAAGUGAGAACAGACUGGCAGCGAACCCAUAAUUCUGAGGAUCCUGACCUAUGAAAGGAAUUAAAGGUUCUUCUUAUUGCAUUGUCAGUACAUUCACUGUGUUACCUAUAUCAAACUCCAAAACCUCCACAACUUGGCUCUCUGAUUGUUGUUGUUUCCACAGAUUUUGACUUGUGGCCAGCUCUGGUGUCUUGCUUCAGAUAUUUAUUUUUACAUCGAGAUACAAAUCGCGGAGGGCGAUGU